UGUAAUCAUCACAGUGCUCUGAUUUGCAGCAUAGAAGAUACUAAAAUAGAUAUGACUGCACUGAAGUUGUACAGCAGAAUGGCUAUAUAUUCCCACCAGUGAACAGACAAUUCCAGUAAGGGGGUAGAAGGUAGGUAGGGUGUGUUAAGAACAAAAUUACAGGCAGGCACGUGGGCGGGAAGAUGGCGACUGGGUUCAAAACCGUGGAACUUCUGGACUAUUACAGGAGAUUUCUGAAAGAGAACUGCCAUCCUGAUGGAAGGGAACUUGGUGAAUUUAGGACCACAACUGUCAACAUAGGUUCAAUUAGUACUGCAGAUGGUUCUGCUUUAGUGAAGCUGGGAAAUACUACAGUAAUUUGUGGAGUUAAAGCGGAAUUUGCAGCACCACCAACAGAUGCCCCUGGUAAAGGAUAUGUUGUUCCUAAUGUGGAUCUACCACCCCUGUGUUCAUCAAGAUUUCGGUCUGGACCUCCUGGAGAAGAGGCGCAAGUGGCUAGCCAGUUCAUUGCAGACGUCAUUGAAAAUUCACAGAUAAUUCAGAAAGAGGACUUAUGCAUUUCUCCAGGAAAGCUUGCUUGGGUUCUAUACUGUGAUCUCAUUUGUCUUGACUAUGAUGGAAACAUUUUGGAUGCCUGCACGUUUGCUUUGUUAGCGGCCUUAAAAAAUGUACAGCUGCCUGAAGUUACUAUAAAUGAAGAAACUGCCUUAGCAGAAGUUAAUUUAAAGAAGAAAAAUUAUUUGAAUAUUAGAACUCAUCCAGUUGCAACUUCCUUUGCUGUGUUUGAUGACACUUUGCUCAUAGUUGACCCUACUGGAGAGGAGGAACAUCUGGCAACUGGAACCUUAACUAUAGUAAUGGAUGAGGAAAGCAAGCUCUGUUGUCUUCACAAACCAGGUGGAAGUGGACUGACUGGAGCUAAACUUCAGGACUGUAUGAGUCGAGCAGUUACAAGACACAAAGAAGUAAAAAAACUGAUGGAUGAAGUAAUUAACAGUAUGAAACCCAAAUAAAUAGCCACCACGUUUUCAAAACAGA